AUGCCCGUGCAAAUUCGGAUCCUCCCGGCGACACGGAAGCAUCUGUCCCCGAUGGAUAAAUACUUUGGCAGCUCGAGCGUUGAGUGCGUUUUGUCCGACAUUUUCUGGGCUGCAAUAAAGGGGGAUAUCGUGAGAGUGAAGCACCUUGUUGAAAUCGAGGGCGAGAGCCCAACAGACAGCAAUCUGGACCCAUGGAAUCUUCACCAAACUCCGCUGCAUUGGUGA